UGAAACGCGCCAGUCGAAAGUCACCAAGUAUCUCGCGUGUGGCGAACGUGACGAGAGAAUGUGAAUAACUGCACGAAUUUUAAUUGUGCAACAUGGCCAUUCUUCAUUCCUGUUGCCUGUGGAAGUCUGUGCGGAAGGGCAGUUAUGCCAGUGUCAUCUACACCCUGAUCUAUUUUUCUGCGUCGUGCAUAUUUGCUGCUGACUACCUUCACGAUGAGCGUCGCUAUUUGACGGGGGAAGUGGAGAGACCAAGCGGGGAUAGCAUCCUCGAGAAGGGAGAAAUUUCUCCAACAUCUGUGAUAUUCAAUAUUCUGCUGCUGAUCUGUGCAUCUUGUGGCGUUAUAUCCUCGAUUCUUGUUAUUGUUGGCCUUAGAACGAACCAGAGAGAACUCCUUCUACCAUGGAUUUUCGUAAUGAUAGCGGACAUUCUCGUGGCAUUCGCUCAUUUUGUCCACUUAGUCAUCUUGGAGACGCUCGAUUUCCAACCAUUAACGGCCACAUUAUUCACAAUAGAUUUCUUCCUAAUGUGUCUCAAUGUUUAUUCCUUACUCUGCGUUAUUUCGCAGUAUCAGGAAUUUAAGGAGGGUCGCGGAAUUGCUGAAACCCCAAAGAAUAUCUAUGGCGUGAGUCUUUUCUUUUAUACUUCCACAAAUUUUCGUCUGGGUGUGAUUUUUACCCCAAAAGUGCUCAUUUUCCUUCAUGGAUUUCUUUUCUUUUUUUUCUUUCUUUCCCAAAAGCCAUACCAAAAUGUUCGAUACAUUCCACCAACGCCAUCGAGUUCAUGUCCUAACAGUCAACGACCAAAUAGCCAUCGACAUCUCACAAGUCCAACAAUCUGUCCACAUACGAAUUGUACAAUUAUUCCGGAAGAGACUCAACUAAAUGGAUCUCUUGGUGUUAUUCACAUAUCCUCCCCAUUUCAUCAAAGAACCAAAAAACAGUCGAAGAGGCACGUUCAAUUCCCAGACGAUGCGAAAUGCUGUUCCGAAUCAUCAGCAUUGAGUGACGCAAAUGGAAAUGGUCACACACUCGUGAUAGACACCCUGCCAGAAUAUGAAGAAAUUCUCACGUGGCAAGAGAAUCCGCAGCAGCAGCAGCAGUGUGAAAAUUACUAAAGAAUUUAUUAUAAAAAAAAAUGUUUAAUUUUGUUUAGGGAAAAAAAGAUAACUGCGAAUUUUAAAGUCCAAAAUGACGGCCAGGCAAAAUUUUAGAAGAUACUCAAUACAAUGACUAAAAAUCAUUUUAAUAAAUUUCAUCUCAUGAGGUAUAUAGACAUUUAUACAGACAACACACAUAAAAAUAGAAGAUGUUAUUUCUUAGUUGUUGGUCGAUAUAAGACGAGAUAGGAUGCGCCAGUUACGUUUUAUGCAAAAGGUUUCACAUCAAAUUCCAGUGAUCAAUUUUCAUUACAACAUCAAAGUUUUUUAGAUGGAGUGAGGAAACAAUGUUAAUAGAUUAUAUUUGAACGAGCUUAAGGAGAUGACAUGUUUCUAUGUGAACGAAUAUUCGAGAGGAACAAUUCAAUUAAAAUGGAAUUAAAAGUUAAUAUUAAAGUAUAAAUUAUAUAAAUGUGUAAAUUACCAUUUAAAUAUACUCAUUUAUGUUUCUUUUCUUUUCUUUUUUGGUGAAAUUAUUGUACUGAAAAAAAAUUAAGUAAAUAUGUAAGAAAAAAAACAAGAUAUUUGUAUCAUUUUAGAAUAAAUAAAAAUUCACAAUAAAUUAACUAA